AUGGGCGUCGCUUUAAACACGGCUGGCUCGCUGUUGUACGGCAUGCUGGUCUGUGUUUCCUCUCUCAGUGUUCAGCAUACAAAUGAGGUUGUCAAGGAUCGAGUUUCGCGUAACACGAUGCGUAAUCUGUAUGGAAUCCCUGUUCCCGGAAACGUCAUCGAAGCCCUAGAUGUACUGAAAGCCUACCUCCACCUGUGCACGAACGAUUUCAAGGAACGUGAACAGAACAAGUUCAUCUCCAAGCUCUUAUCCAGCCCGAACGCCAAGCAACUCGUUGACCAGCUAUAUCAGAACCUCUUUUCCAGCGUAGGAGAAGUAAACGCGUCGCGACUGACCGGAAAGUGGUACCACGUGAUGGACACAAAACCUCCAGAAAGAGAAAAAUGUGGCGUUUCAUACGACUUUGUGAUUAAAACCGGACCACUCAGCGGCAAUGGUCAGUACGAAUAUGUCAUGUUCGCACAGUUUUUGAAACAUCCGAUAAUCACUUGGGCCCGUGAUCCUGUUACAUUCCACCUCAACUACACAAAGGACAUCGAAGGGUUCUUAGAAAAGUCUGAAUUGAAGAAUUUUCUCGCUAGGGCAGGCGAAGGCGUCCAUUAUUACAACCAUUUGCUGUGCCCUGUUUCAUUUUAUCAAUUUAUUAAUCUAUAA